AUUCAUUCCUCAUCGCUGCAAGCAUCCCUCUUAUCCGCCCUUUCACUUGUGAUUGGCACCCGACAAGGAGACUCCGCCAGAUGUGUGAACCUUGAAUCUUCCCCUCCUCCACCUCUACUCUCUGUCCGAGGGCCAUACCUCCUCUGAACAAAGGGGGGAGUCCCUCCACAAGACAUUCCUUCUCGGUCUCCGGACCUCGCUCCACUACCCGCACCGCGACUUGUGGGGUAGCGUGCAGCGUCCAAGCCUCUCCGCACCCCCGCAAGCUUGUACAGCCUCGAGAGUGAGAACAUUGUCCCCAUUCUGAGGACAGCUGCUUUCCAUGCCUCCCGCCCGAUCGCGCUCCCAGCGCAAGGCUUCUGGUCUGGCCAAUGCUGCCAUCGCGCUGCAGUCCUCUGGCGAUCCAUAUAGCACUUUGAGGACUGGAGGGCAAAACGGAGCUUCCUCCACGGCAGAGGGUAGAGGCGUUGGUGGUUCCCUCCGACCCUUGACUGUCAGAGAAAGGCAACUCCUCGAUGAAGAACGGCAGGAGAAGGAGGAGCGGGAAAGGUCAGCAAAGCGCCGCAAGAUCCAGAAGAGGCUUCACGAGCUGGAGCGGACCAACUACCGUGAUGCUGCCGUGUCCUUAAGGCCUGGCACAGCUGAGUCCUCGCGAAAUGACGGCGAGGCAUUUUCGAUACCCAAUUCGGCUCUACUAGCUUUGACUGGAGGAGCAGAUGCAGAAGGCAGUGGCACAAAGCAGCACAAGCAGAGCGCUACAGUUCGGCGAUUGCUAGUGUACAGGAAGGGCUUCCACAGCCUGUUGGAAGACGCUGCAUCAGAUGAAGUGUACAGCAAGUCACCUUUCAAUUACGAGCAAGCUUCAGCAACCAUCGACAAGUCACGGCAUCGCCAAGGCCAGGCAGUGGGGGAUCCCGGUGGCGGCGGUGGCGGUGGAAGCGGUGGUCCCCUGGUGGUCUACGAAAGCAAGCCUCUCUUCUGUUCCAUCUGCGGCCAAAGUGGCAGCGCCGACUGCUCUAGAUGUGGGGAGAGACUCUGUGGGAUGGGCACUUGCCAGGAGACUCACAACGAUGCCAGAUGCGACAGACCCGUGCGAUAGAAGAAAGUCGAGGAUAGUCGUCAUCUACAAUACCAUUCAUUUUGCCAUUGCC